UGUGAUUGUGCUGUCUACUCGAUCCGAUCAUUUUCUAUUUAUUAUUUUGCGAAUUCUGUUAGAUUUAUCUACAUUUUCCACACAUUCAGUUCCAACUCCUGUUGCUUAUCCUUAUACUUACUUACUCACAUAACUUAACAAUGGCUGAUCGUCUUACUCAAUUACAAGACACAAUAAAUCAGCAAGCGGAACACUUCUGCAACAGCAUCGGUAUACUUCAGCAGUUCUCUACGCCGAGCAAGUUCCCUGGUUUCGACCGUAGUGGCUCUCAAACGCCGCAGCAACAGCAGAGUCAGGAAGACUAUGCGUUGUUGUUCGCUACGUUGAUAUCGCGUUGUGCGAAGGAUAUCGAUACGCUGAUCGAGUCACUGCCUAGUGAGGAAAGUUCUACUGAGUUGCAAGUGCAGAGUUUAAGGCGUUUGGAGGCUGAGAACAAGGAAGCUGCCGAGAGGCUUGAAGAGGCUGUCCGCCAAGGUGAGAUUCUCCUAGAAAAAAUCCAGGGCGCCCUCAGCGACAUUGCACAGUGCCAACUCGACAUGCAGAAUCCAGCACAGAUUCUGAACAAGGAAGUGAGACCGUUAUAGGACUUAAAGAAGCAUGGCGGCUACCACCGUCGGUGAUAAACCUGAAAAACUGUGCUGUGUGUUAUGUUACAUGUAUUAGUAUGGAAGAAGACCUUUGAAGGUGCCUGUUACAUAAUAAAAUACCUUGUACAUAUGAAAGCAUAGAGAAAUAUGCAAGCUUCUACAAUGCUUACUCUGAUACAUUCAUUUGCU